AUGGCCUCAAGAAAUCACCACGUGCGUGGUAUGGAAAGUUCAGUGCGGCGCUUAUCAAAUUUGGGUUCAGAAGAGGAGAAUGAUUCUUUAAUAUUUGUCAAAACAAGUGACAAUGGUAUUGUGGUGGUCCUAGUGUACGUUGACAACAUUGUCAUUACUGGCAACAAUCUCUCUAGAAUUAAUACUCUCAAAUAUCAUUUGAGCAAAGCAUUUGAUAUCAAAGAUCUAGGUAAGCUAAGAUAUUUUCUUGGCAUUGAAAUUGCUAGCUCCCAGAAAGGAUUGUUCCUCUCUCAACGAAAAUAUGUCUUGGACUUGUUAAGAGAAACUGGCAAACUGGGAGUUAAACCAGGUAGUGUUCCCAUGGAUUAUAGUAGUAAAUUUACUACUAAUGACACUUUAUUGCAAGAUCAAGUGUCAUUAGUAGUAAUUUACCUGACAAUUACUAGACCUGACAUCGCCUUUGCUGUUAGUUAUGUAAGUCAAUUCAUGCAAGCUCCUACAGAAGGGCAUAUGGAAUUGGUUGAGCAUAUUUUACAAUAUCUAAAGUCAUCUCCAGGAAGAGGAAUCUUGAUGCAGAAAAAUGGUCACACAAAAAUUGAAGGAUACACCGAUGCUGAUUGCGCAAGUAAUCCCACGGACAGAAGAUCGACUACUGGUUUAUGUACUUUCGUUGGUGGAAAUAUUGUUACUUGGAAGAGUAAAAAACAAAAUGUUGUGGCCCGUUCUAGUGUAGAAGCUAAGUAUCGAGCCAUGGCAUCUGCUGCAAGUGAGAUUGUGUGGCUUCGAUUGUUAUUGAAAGAAUUGGGGUGUGACUCAUCUUCCUGUCCUACAAAUCUGUUCUGUGACAAUCAACGUACAACUCGCAUUGCUUCAAAUCCUGUCUUCCAUGAAAGGACCAAACGCAUAGAGGUGUACAAUCAUUUUGUGCGGGAAAAUGUGCAGGAUAAAACAAUUGAAACUCCAUAUGUUCGGAGUGAAGACAAACUGGCUGAUAUUUUCACAAAGGCAUCGCAGAAGGGUUCAUUUCAAGAUAUGAUUAACAAGUUGACCUUUGAUGAUAUCUUCGCUCCAACUUGA